AUGGCCGCCCGCAGCGGGAAGAAGGAGCUGCCGGACCCGGUGCAGCAGAACCAGCUCCUGUGCGAGCGGGUGCGGAAGGAGCUGCAGUGCCAGAAGCUGUACACGCAGUACAGCGUGAACCCGCUCCACCGCGUUCACGCGAUCACCAGGAAGCCUAUGUCUUGGCAUGAAAAUACAGAAGAGGUGGCAGAUGAGAAGUUUCUGAAUCUUUUCCACCAUGCAGCACUGGAGCCAACAAAGAAGUAUUCAGAGCCACAAACUGAGAGCCAGGAAAUUGGCUGGAACACAACACCUUUGAUUCAGAUCGACCGUAGUGAUCGCAGAUUCUACUUCCCACGCCAGAAAACUGAGAUCACUAAAUAAACAGCUGCCAUGGAGCAUGGGGAGGAGCAGUUGGAGAACCUGCAGUAGUAGAGUGGCAAAGCCACAC